UAUGUCUCACAAUCUCUUUGAUUUAAAAAGCAGAAAGUAUUGUUUUAAUUCUGACUCUCAUCUUCGAGUUGUUUGACACAUAAUCAUAGUUCUCAUACCGUUUUACACGCAUUUGUUUUUUGUCGAUCCAAGAAAAGAAAUAAGACUAAAAUUUAUUUAUUCCAAUUGCACUGAGACAUUAAACAUAUUAAAAAUAUAUGAUAUCACAUAAUAAAACUGAAAAUUGAUUAAUAGUAUUAAAUUUAAUCAACAUUUCAAUUAUAGCGAGAUUCUUCAUAGAUAAAUUCAAAAGGAUGAAAUUAUUUAAAUUAUUUUUAGAGAGUUUUAUAAAACUGCAUGAUAUUUUUUAUUAACUUCAUCGGUUCUGUAACUGUCCAUUCAAGAUAUAAUCAUAAAAGUAUUGUUUCUAGUUUAAAGCUCAAAUCAGUAUCAAUAUCAACCUUUAGAAAAUUCUAGACAAAAAAAAAAACUUUCUUCUAAGAUUUAACCAGUGCAGAAUGCGAUAAUUGCUAUUGAGUUUUUUGUUAUGAGUUAAAGACUAACUAGUUUUGGUUAGGAAGUUGAAAAAAAAAAUAGCUAAAAUCGUGAUAAAAUCUUUACGGUCGUUUUUUUUGUGAAAAUCCCCAAAAAUUUACACCUGUUGAAUAACCUACAAAACAGAAACUUGCAAAAAUUUUAGAUCAAGAUUUUGGUAGGAGAUUCGUAUUGUCUUGUAAAGAAGCGAAAAUACAUAAUUGUAGAAAGUUCGAAAUCGAUCCGUGAGACGAAACUGUUAUUGUUUAAAAAAUCGUGUCCCAUACACCCAUACCCUAUUAAGUUGAAAAUGUGUAAUACAUUAGAAAUGAAUUCAAAAGAAAAGAUUUGAUGAUUCGUAUAUAGAUCAUUGUUUGUGCUACAAUGCAGAAUAAUGAAUAUGACAGAUUCUUCAAAUAUUCUUGAACUUGGGAGAGAUUUGUUUUUGAGUUCUUUUCAUCUACUAAAAUUCGAAUUUACGUAUUUUUUUAUCUAAACUUAUCUUAUUUAGUACUUUGAUUAGUCUUUCUACAAACAAUUAAAAACAAUCUAUUGUUCAGUUCUGUUUAAAUUGAAUAGAUUGGUUCAAUAUUUAGUUGUUUGUUUGAGAUUCAUGAAUAAAAUAAACAUUCAAUUUUGUUCAAGUGAUCGAUCGAAUUAUGGAUAGAACGAUUGAUUAUAGAAAAAUUGCUCAAUAAUAAGUAUGAUGCAAAAUUAAUGGCACAAAAUACUUUCGAAUAGCGUAUGAUUUAUAUUUGUCACACAUUCGUAAAUGGAAUGAGACGAAUAAGAAAGAAAAAUACUUGCACAAAAAAUUUAUAAUUUUUGUAUGAAUCAGUCAAAAACGUCUUAUGCAUGGUAGUUAAGUAUAAUUAACUAUCGUUUUGCAAGAGCUUUUUUAACGAGUUUAUAAAAGGUGAGUGUUUUUAACAAAUUCAUAUAAAAGUUGCAAAUUUAUUUUGUCUCAUUUCACUCAGAAAUGUGUGACGAACAUAAAUCAUAUACCGUUCGAAAGAUGAGAAAGUUUCCUAUCAGCUGAUAACAAUUUUUUUUCCUUACGUUCAAAUUCUAUUAUAACUCAUGUUAUUGUAAAAUCCAAACAAAAAAAAAUGAAAUGAUUUUUAAAUUGAUGACAUGCAAAAUCUAAAUAUAUUUCAAAAUAGAACUAACGAAAUCAGUAAAUAUGUUUAAAAAAUUGAUAUAAAAGAAAAUUUCAUUUACAAUAAAAUCCGAGUUCAUCGCAAUUUUUCACCUUACCAGUUAAAUUUUAGUUAGUUUUAGUAAAACUAACGAUUCUUACACAAAAUAUUUGAACAAUCAACAAUAUUUGUUUUCAACAUUGGAAAAAUCAGAUUCUAGUCAAGUUCAUACGUAAAAAGCUUUUGUAAUUGAGAACAGUUCAAUACUGUUUAAAACAAAUGAGAAUGAGUCAUUUUAAUGAAAUUGAUGUUUAUUUCUACUCCAUACUUUUGUUUUCAUUUUAGUACCACUACGUGCAAGUUUCACUGAUAUUCAUCCGAAUGCAAAAUGGACAAAGAAUGAUAUCACUGUUGCUGGAGGAAAUGGAUAUGGCAGUGGAACCAAUAAAUUCUUGUGGCCAUAUGGUUUGUACGUCGAUGAUGAUCAAACGAUUUAUGUUGCUGAUCGUGGUAAUCAUCGUAUUGUGGAAUGGAAAUAUGGUGCAACAAAUGGAAAAGUAGUUGCUGGUGGAAAUGGAGCUCAUCAAUUAAAUGACCCACGAGAUGUGAUUAUCGACAAAGAGAGUGAUAGUCUCAUCAUCAGUGAUACCGAGAAUGAAAGAGUAGUUCGUUGGCCUCGUCAAAAUGGUACUUGUGGAGAAACAAUUAUUUCCAAUAUCUCUUGCUGCGGUUUGACAAUGGACGACAAUGGAUCACUCUAUGUCGUUGACAAUGGAAAACAUGAAGUAAGACGAUAUAAAAUUGGUGACACUCAAGGAACAGUGGUUGCCGGUGGCAAUGGAGAAGGAAAUCGUCUCGAUCAACUCUAUUAUCCCCGCUAUGUAUUUGUCGAUCGAGAACAUUCAGUUUAUGUAUCUGAUUGUGAAAAUCAUCGUGUCAUGAAAUGGGAAGAAGGUGCAAAACAAGGCAUUGUCGUAGCCGGUGGUCAAGGACAAGGAAAUAGUCUUACACAAUUGAAUGAACCUGAAGGAGUUGUUGUCGAUCAAUUGGGUACUGUCUAUGUGACUGAUUCACGGAAUCAUCGAAUCAUACGUUGGCCAAAAGGAACCACACAAGGCACUGUCAUUAUAAGUGGAAAUGGUGAAGGAGCACAGUUCAAUCAACUCAAUUAUCCCAUAGGCUUAUCAUUCGAUCGACAUGGCAAUCUCUAUGUCGUCGAUAUGGGAAAUCACCGAGUACAAAAAUUUAAUAUCGCAUGA